ACACAUGAGCUAAAAAAUCGUUCGGCGGAUGCUAAACAAUAUGCUGGUGUCUGUUCUUCGUGUCACGCGGGUUGGAUCAGUCCGCAUUUGUAAACGGUUUGAAAUUAGCCAUGUGCAGUGACAUCCUCUUUUAAAUAUCUGCGCUAUGUGGAUCAGCAGUUCAGAGACCGGGGCCGGGCACUCCGCUUAGCAGCCGCCAGCCUUUGAGGUUGACAUCCUGUACAGCGAACGACAUCCUGAGCCCCGUACGGCAGCGCCCCCCUCCGAGUCCCGGCGGCCGUGGUCACGUGUCACCAGCUGCGAUUCGCUGAAGUUGUAGAAAAGUUUGACAAGACAGAGGAGCAUCGAAAGACAGACCCCCAAAAAAGCUAAAUAACCGGGUUUUUUUCGUGGGGGGGUUUGUAUCGUGUCUACCGUGGAGCAGCUAUGGAAUCCGUCGCCCAGAAAGUCCUGGCCUCAGGAUUCAGUCUUGACUUUGGACCCUUGAAAGAGCCUUUGGCGUUUAUCCGUCUGUUGGAAUGGCUCUUCGCCAUAUUUGCCUUUGCUACGACCGGCGGCUACAGUGGCUUCACCAGCGUUAACAUCCAGUGCCCUGCGAGCGCUAGUCAAGAAAUACAAGCCGACUUCAACUAUCCUUUCAGACUGCAGCAGCAUCCCUAUCACGUCCCAGACUGUGUAGUCAACAACACCAAGCCCUCUACAGUCUACCUGACUGGAGAUCAUUCAUCUUCUGCAGAGUUUUACGUGUGCAUUGGAGUCUUGGCUUUCCUCUACUGCACUGCCACACUCGUCCUCUAUUUGGGAUACCAGCACCUGUACAAAGAGCAGAGCCGUGCCCCAAUUGUGGACCUGCUGGUGACCGCAGCCUUUGCCUUUCUGUGGUUAACAUCUUCCUCAGCGUGGGCCAAAGGCUUGACUGAUGUGAAAUGGGCCACCAGUCCUUCAACAAUUGUUACCUUGCUUGACGUUUGCAAGGACGGCAAAACCAAGUGCACAGCAGGAGCUACGCCGCACAUGGGCCGAUUAAAUGCCUCCGUGAUAUUUGGUUUUCUUAAUCUCAUCCUGUGGGGAGGCAACUGCUGGUUUAUUUACAAGGAAACGCCUUUCCACAAAUCAACCAGCCAGCCUGAAAAUGUGGAGGGGGGAGUUCCGCCAUCAUAACUUUCCAGCUUCCUCAUCACAGAAAUGUUUAACGUGUUGUGUUAUUGGUUUAGCAUUUCCAGUAAUAGGGUAUACAUUUCUAAAUUAGACUAAAUUAAGUUCAAGACUGAUUUUUAUUUUUUAUUUCUUUUUAUCUGCAAUGUGUCAUAUCCAGCUCAUUUCAAAAGCUACUAAAUUUAGUUGUUCAGAUACAAACUAACUGAGGAAAUAAAUUCUCUCAUCUGUACUUGAUUUAUUAAGGACAGACCAUGAGAGGUCGGUGUAUUUUCCAGAAGGUUCUAACUAAUAAAAAUACUAAAAAUAAAUAAAGUGCAAUUUAGCUGAUCUACACACAGUUAUCCAUAAAAAUUGCCCCUUUUUUUUUUUUUUUUUUUUAGAUUUCUGCUACAGGUCCCAUCUGCAGUCUUCUAUUUUCUAUUCUUUCCUCAGAUUUAAUAAGUGUUUGAAUUCCAAAGUAUCUUCAACAUGCUUGACCACUUUGUUGUCAACAUCAAUGAACAGCUCGGUCCUGAAGCAUUGAAAAAUGAACUGCCGUUGUGAGAUUAUUUAGAUUAUUUCUAAAAGUUGAGCAGAACCUUAUUUCAUCUUUAGUGUGUUACGCCAUGCCUCCUGUAUGAUGAUAACUCUUGUUCAGGCUGACAGCUGAUUAUGAUGUUUAAUGAAAUUUUCCAUGUCUGUCAGUGUUGAGCAUGUUAUGGAUUCAAUAUUUGAGGUUGUUACAUUUCUAAAUAGUUUGCUAUGUUUUUCUGUGGUUGUUUUUAUUUGUCCAGUUUCUUUAUAAGAAAAUACUCAUCCAGGUUUUACCAUGUGUCUAUUCUUCUGAAGUGCUUAUUGCAUAACCUUUGCUAAUUGCUUUUUUUCUUUAUCUUUCAAACAGGCAAUCAGUGUCUUUUGCAUUCAUUUUUUCUUGCUUUUUGGUUGGCUUCUGCCUCCUCUUUCUUUCAGGGGAGUUAUUUUUCAAGAGAAUGAUGCAAUCCAAGUCUCAAUCUCCUGUCUGUGCUGCAUUAUAACUUUUGCUCCUGAACCCACACUGAAGCGGUGAAACACUCGGUUGAGACUGUACCUGUUACAAUUCAGAAAUAUGUGUGUGUGACAUGAAAUGCUGUUUAUCAUUAAAAUAUAAGUGCUUUGCUUGCUGUUAUAACUGAUUUCCUCACUUAUUUUUAAGUGGCAGGAGGUUGUCAGGUGUAAAUUAGAUGACAGAUCUUAUUGCUCACUGUCAGAUCUGCAAAGUGGACGUGAGACAGUGGUCAAAUCUUGUGAUCUUUAUAAGAAAUGGUUUUAACUAACAAUAGUUAUAUGUAUGUGUUAUGUUAAAGGAAUAGAAAAUCC